AUGCUGGAUCAACAUAACCAACUCGUGAAAACCUUUAGGCGAGUUCGGCAACAGCUUCAAGAUUCUUCAACAACGAAUUUAAAGCUUCGAAUAUUUGGGGCGAAGAGCAGGAAUCGGCAAUAUGAUUUGCCUAGCAGCACUGAGAUUGCAGCGCUUAUACCAGGCUUCAGUAUCGCAGUGGCGAAGGUCAUACGAUUGUUCGGGCUGGAAAAGCUCUUCAGCAUUUUUGUAUUUGAUGCUUACUCAUCGAUAGAACUAAACAUGCUGGCUUUUCUGCGUUAUCAUCAGCCACAACUUAGAUGUGAGGUUUAUCAAGGACUACAGGAUGCGAUGGCGCGGGGUGAUCUUGACAGAGAUAAAAUGGGCCAUAUUGUACUCCCGGGUACCUAUAUAGGUAGCCCACGGUAUAUGCAACAACUAUAUCAUGAUGCUAUGGCGGCGGUCGAAUUCUUUGGAAAUCCUGAUUUAUUCAUUACAUUCACCUAUAAACCAAAGGUGGUUUCAAGGGUCUUCCACGCUAAGCUAAGCAUUCUCAUAGAUGACAUUAAGAAAAACUCCUACUUUGGAAAAACAAUUGCAACUGAAAUUUCAGACCCUCAACAAGAUCUAGUUGGAUAUGAAGCUGUCUGUAGAUUCAUGUUGCAUGGUCCAUGCGGUGAAGCAAAUACAAAUGCACCGUGCAUGCGAGACAAGAAAAAACACGCGAAUGGGAAAUGUUCCAAACAAUAUCCAAAGGAUUUCAAUUCAACCACCACAUUAGACAAGUUUGGAAAUGUAGUCUAUAGAAGAUCAAACACUGGCGUCGAGGUUCAAAAGGGAAGUUCAGUACUUGACAAUCGACAUGUUGUUCCAUACAACAGGAAUUUGUUGAUCAGAAUGCAAGCUCAUAUAAAUGUUGAGGUAUGUCACAAAGGCAAACUUAUUAAAUAUCUUUUUAAAUAUGUGACAAAAGGGCCGGAAAGAUCAUUGGUUAUUGCUGAAAACGCUGAUGCAUCGCAAAUAAUCCAGAAAUGCAAUCUUAGAGGCAUAGAGCAAAAAGUAACUUAUAAGAAACAAUCCAAUGUUCGAAAUGUUUUGGGAAAUCCUAAUGUCGGGAAGACACAUUUGACAGAAUGGUUUGCUCUUAAUCGCAGGGAUCCUCAGGCAAGAGUCUUGACAUAUGCACAGAUACCAAAUAAUUACACCUGGCUUCCUGACUGUAAAGAGUGGAACCCUCGCAAGAAAGGAUUUGUGAUAGGGAGGGUUGCAUAUGUACCACCAGGUUCUGGCGACGUAUUUUUCCUCCGAAUGAUACUCACAAAAGUCCGUGGCGCUCUCAGCUAUGCUCAUCUCAGAACUGUCAAUGGAGAACUUUGUCCAGAUUUUGAAAAAGCUUGUGAAAAACUGUGUCUCUUAUCAGAUACUUCAUAA